GUUGUUUAUUGGAGUGACCUUGACACACCUCAAAAAGCUGAGUAAUUUUGGAGAACUGGUAACGUUCGACUGGUCUUAGGCUUCACUGAGGUGCAGUAAAAUUAAGUGGACGGCACAUAUUUCAGAUAGUGAGAUAUUAGUGUUAAUUGGGAUGUUGAUCUGCAAAAUUCUGUUCACGUGGCUAGCAUGCGUGUCAAACAUGUUCAGUUACAGACUGUUUUAGCCUAGUAUUCUGUUUAUUAUUGUAGUUUAGAAAUAACCUUAGAGCGAUAGAAUACAGAGAAAUGACAGGCUGCUGCCUGUUUCAUUUCCAUGGAUUCGUCCUCGAGCUUGAUGAUCUUUGGGUAAUAGUUCAGCACCUAUCUAUCGGUCUUCCAACGUACAAACGUUUUAGGCUGAUGAAUAUUUCGACAAGGCUCAGUGGUAUUUCAGUGACUCUACUUCACUCUGUUUGAUUCUAUGGAGAGUAAUAAACAUAUUUAAGAUUGUAUUCAUGAGUAACAGUGAAAUUUUCCUUUCUUGCACAGACUGGCUUCAUUCUCGAAAAAUCCUAGAUAGCAGCUUCCAAACCCUUCAAAUAUCACAAUGCUCAUAGAUGGAAAACCUCGGUGGAACUGGCCGUGAUUUGUUCUCAUGGAGUUUAAAAAAGCCAAAGUUGUCGUAGGAGGCGAUUCCGGUGUUGGUAAAACAGCUUUGGUACACUUGAUAUGCAAUGGACAAACUCUUCUUCAUCCUUCGUAUACAAUUGGUUGUAGUGUGGAUAUAAAAAUUCAUGUAUACAAUAGUGAUCCUGAAAAAGAACAUCCAUAUUUCAUUGAAUUAUGGGACAUUGGCGGAUCAAACAGUCAUGAGAAUACUCGUUCGAUCUUCUAUCAAAAUUUACACGGACUAAUAUUAGUCUACGAUUGUACAAAUAAGAAAUCACAAUUGAAUUUAAGAAAAUGGUUAUCUGAUGUAUUGGGGAAACCAGUUUUAAAGAGACCGGAGAUAGAUAUUGGAGGAGUAACAACGGCUGCAGACGGUAUCACUGCUCCUAUUACUACUACUAGUAGUUAUUGUGGCGGUGUAAGUAGUGAAAAAUAUGGUAAUCUAAAAGCAAAUAUAACAAAUCAAAUGACCACUCUUCUGCCUAUCUUAAAUACAGAAACUUUGGUCAGUCGAUCUUUCACAUCGUCAUCGGAAUCACAAACAAGUAACAAUAAUCAGCAUAAUAUAAACUAUAUAACUAACACAGUCUAUCCACCUAUUCUUGUUAUUGGUACAAAAUUCGAUUUACUCAGUUCACAUAGUCGACGGUCUGUGAAUAAAUUCACAUCACGUUUUAAUCUAUCUACGUCACCAUAUAUCCAAAAUGAAUUACCAUCAGCUGGUAAUUAUCAUCCAUGUGUUCCAAUGACGCCCAGAUCAUGUAUAUCGUCUGUGCAGUUUUUUGGAAAUACUACACCAUCAACAACAACGUCAUUAUCGUCAUCGUCAACAUCAUGGAACUUAACAUAUCGUAAUAAUUAUGCAAAUGGCAGUGUUGGUGAUGAUCGCGAACCAACAAGUUCAAUGCCACAAUCGUUAUCAUCAUCAACGCAACAAAGUGUAUAUAUUGAUUUAGGUGAUAGUCAAAAACUUUCAUCGUCAUUGUUGACUUCACCAACAAAAGACAAAACAUGGAAUUUCGCCACAGAACAUGGAUUUUCAGAAAUUCUACUAAAUUGUAAUUCAGUCACUAGUAUAAGUCCCGGAAGUCCACAAGAUCUUCUAUUAAAUCGAUUUUUUGAUGAAGUAAUCAAUUACAAAGUGUUUUCCAUGUCAAUGAAUUGUAAUUUAUCACCUGAUCUAUCCCGAGUUAAACGACGUCCAGUGGAUUCACGCAACAAUAUGUAUAAAUACAAUUGAAUUGUGUAUAUUUAUGCAUACAAACUCUGUAUAUUGAUAAUAUUUUUUCACAGGAAAUUUCCUUCUAAUCUGCUUAUUUCAUCAAGCAGUUAUUGGUUGUUAAAACGAUUUAUGGUAUUUUAUAUACAAAAUCAUAAUCAUUCACUAACAUUCCUUUUCUGUUUGUUCGUUUAUUAUUAUUUUUUCUAUUGCUCAUUUUAAUUGUCUAUUUAGCCAUCCAUUGAUGUUUUCAAUUAUGGGAUCUUCUGUUCUAGUUAGUUUUGUUUUGAAUUUGUAAAGGAUUUAAUUUUUCCUCUUUUUUUUACAUACAUACUACUAUUACUACUAAUACUACUGUUCAGACAAUGAAAACAAAGAUAAUAACAACUAAAGUUAUUUUUAUUGCGAAUAAUUUAUUUUUCAUGUCAAAAGUUUUACACAUUUGUAUUUGCGUUGACUCAAAUUUUGUUUCCAUAGGACAUAGUGGCAACAAAAAAUAAACGAACACAUGCACAUGAGAAUUUUUAAA